AUGUCUGACUGUCCGGCUCUGGAGGGAGAUUGUUGCAGGCGGCGAAGCUGCAUGCAGGACAAGGAACACCCAAGAUACCUGAUCCCAGAGCUUUGCAAACAGUUUUACCAUUUGGGCUGGGUCACUGGGACUGGAGGAGGAAUUAGCUUGAAGCAUGGCAAUGAAAUCUACAUUGCUCCGUCAGGAGUGCAAAAGGAACGGAUUCAGCCUGAAGACAUGUUUGUUUGUGACAUCAAUGAACAUGACAUAUGCGGACCUCCGUCCUAUAAGAAUCUAAGAAAAAGCCAGUGUACUCCUCUUUUUAUGAACGCUUACACUAUGAGAGGAGCAGGCGCAGUGAUUCACACCCACUCUAAAGCCGCGGUCAUGGCCACCCUUCUCUUUCCAGGACCGGAGUUUAAAAUUACACAUCAAGAGAUGAUAAAAGGAAUAAGGAAGUGUACCUCGGGAGGGUAUUACAGGGCCUGGCUUUCUCUGGUUCCAUAA